UCGGAGCUCGUAAAGAGCACGUGAAUGCAGCAUAGUUAGACGACGGAGACGAGAGGAAAGAAAGGGCAAGGAAGGGACCUGUAAUAAAUUCAGCCUCUCACUCUUGGCGCCAAUCCGAUUUAAAGAGGAAAAAACAGCUAAAUUUUCAUUGACGUUUUUAUCAAAUUUUUGCCUAACCGCUGCUUCUCUCACCGCCAUCGGUUGGUGCUAUAGCCAGCUAGCAUCGUUAGCACACUAUCUAUCGUUGUCAUAUUAAUCUGGCCCCCUUCUCUCUGUAGUCACGAUACUAAUAACUCAGCAACAGUAAAGCACAGGACAAUAGAGGUGUGUUUCUCCAGGGGGAUCGAUAAGACACAGCUGCAAAAUGGGGAGGAAGUCCAACAGAGCAAAGGAGAAGAAAGCCCGGCGUCUGGAGGAGAGGGCGGCUAUGGAUGCCGUCUGUGCCAAGGUGGACGCAGCCAAUAAGCUUGAUGACCCACUGGCUGCCUUCCCAGCCUUCAAAAAGUACGACAGAAAUGGGCUGAACCUGCAGAUCGAGUGUAAGAGAGUGACCUCCCUCAACCCGCUGUCUGUGGAGUGGGCCUUCGAACUCACCAGAGCCAACAUGCAGACACUGUAUGAGCAGAGCGAGUGGGGCUGGAAGGAGAGGGAAAAGAGGGAGGAGAUGAACGACGAGAGGGCGUGGUACCUACUGGCCCGCGACGGCGACUCCGCCCCCGUGGCCUUCUCUCACUUCCGAUUCGACGUGGAGUGUGGGGAGGAGGUUUUAUAUUGCUAUGAGGUGCAGCUAGAGAGCAGAGUGCGGAGGAAAGGACUCGGCAAGUUCCUCAUCCAGAUACUACAACUCAUCGCUAACAGUACACAGAUGAAGAAAGUGAUGUUGACAGUUUUCAAACACAACCACGGGGCUUACCAGUUCUUCAGAGAAGCUUUACAGUUUGAGAUUGAUGAGACUUCGCCAAGCAUGUCUGGUUGCUGCGGCGACGACUGCUCUUACGAAAUCCUCAGCCGGCGGACCAAACACGGCGAGGCCUCGGCGGGACACACCCACGGGGGUGGGCACUGCGGGGGCUGUUGCCACUGAGCCGCUUCAGUUCCACCUUUUUAUGAUUGGUUAAAAGCCAGCAACUUUCAUAGCUGUGUGUGAAAGCUUGAGCUGCCUGCUACUCUGCAAGCGUUUGAGUUUGAACGGCUGUAGAGUGCCGUUAAAAAUUAGCCGAUGGUGGAAUACCUGGCUACAGAUAUUGAUGUCGCGUUAUGGAUUGAGAUUUAUGUGUUUUUUGUGUAUUCCUGCUACAAAAGCAGUAUGCAGUGUGAGCUUUCACACAUAGCUCCUGUUUUUUCUUUCCUACUUCUUGGUUCAAUGUCCAAGCCAUCUUUUUUUUUUUUUUUUCAUUCUCUUAUCCCAGUUAAUGAUGACAAUUAGUAGUUCCCAGUCAAGAAAAAGCUAAGUCAUUGCUGGCAUUCUCUACCACUGCAGUGAACCUCAUCCCAUCCUGCUCUCAUCUCCCUACGUGUUGUACUGUAUUGACUCAUUCUGCAGCGCUUCUUAAACUAUGGCUUAGGACCUAAAAAUGGUUGCAGGCCUAAGGCUGUAUUAUAGAAACUUACUACCUCAAGUGAAGAUUUCUCAAGUCUAAAAUAGGAUUACUAGUAAAUAGUGAUAAAUCAUGCCCUCACUCAAAAAACCAUAUAUACUAAGCAGAUGAGAUAGGAUUUUUGAGUUAGUCAGUUUCUGUUAUACAGCCCCUGAUUUCUUUGGGACCUCACACUGAGACUACUAGCUUGUUUCACUCAACCAGGGUCCCAGGCUUAGGCUGAAUUCACUCACAUUUGGGUCCCAGAAAAACAGUCUGAGAAGUCCUGCUGUACUGUAAUAUCACCUGUUAAAUGCACAUUUAGCUUGUAAGUUCUUUUUGUAACAAAAGCACUGCAGCUAGCAGCAACUGCACUGUUUUGAACCACAUCGUCCCAUUUUUUUACACCUGUUACAAGAUUACAGUACACCACUGGCACUACCCCAUCUUCUCUGUUCAGGUGAUAGCUAAAUAUAUAGACGUCUCCCCUGCUUUUAAUUUUGAGACUUAUGAGAGAAGAUGUUCAAGGUUGCCUUUUUCUUUAUUAUGCACUCUUUUCUCCCAGUGAAGUUAGUGCUUCUAAUCUCUCAUCCUCUGUUGCUGUAAAUCUGCACCCAACCCAGAAAAUAAUCCCAGUAUGACCCUCUUGCUCAUUCAGAUGUUCAACUUGCUUUAACACCUAGCCUUCCAGCCUUUCCUUAUCAGAGGUACACGUCAUGAACUGUUUGCUGGCUCACUGAAGGAGGUCUUUAGUUCAUGAAAUCAUUCGCUCCCAUUUUCACCCCAUCCUCUUCUUCUCCUAAGUCGUCAACUGUUUUCCCAGCCCACUGUCAUUAGUUUGCAUGACAAAAUUGAACAAUGUUUAACAAAACUCAUAGUCAACACGUAUCUAAAAUCAUCACGUGGGUCUAAUAGCAUUACUUUAGUAUUUUAUACAAAUCUCCCACGAACAUCAGUGCAUGUAGAAAAUGUAAAGUUAAUGCUGAGGUUUGAUGUUCCUUAAAGCAUCCUGGCACAAAGUCAGUACUGUAAGUUUUAGGUAAAGUUGUACUGUACAUCUGCCGCCAAGAUGCUUGUAGGAGUUCCACUUAGGAUUUUAGAUACCACAUUACUAGUCAGCCUAGACAGGCUGCUGUAACCACUUCGAUCUUGUUGAUUCCAUAUCUGUUUACAAAACCUUUGUGGUAUUUUUGGACAGUUUCGAGUGCUAGUCGGCUGGGUUUGAAGCCCCGUCUCGAAACCACCAUACAACCCUUUAUUUCCAGGACUGUAGUCAGCUUGUACAGAUUUUACUUGUGGGCUGAAGGAGUAAAAAGACAUUACUUUACACUAGUGUGGAUGUAAAGAUUCCUCUAUUUAGUGUGGCUGUAAGGGGCUUCAGUUGGUACAUUUUGAAUUUUUUUUUUUUUUUAAAGCAGGUCAUAUCAAGGCUCAACUUGAGAUUUCAUACAGAUUAAUGCCUGGUCAAAGUAUGUGAAACGGGAUGGAAAUGUGAAGACACUUUCUUUGAAACACCUAAAUUCUGAAACAAUCUGUUAGACAAGAACAAAAUGUUAUUUAUCACCAAAAAUCCUCUUUUGGAUGACCGAGCCCAGAGCCUGGGGUGAAAGUUUCGGGUUGUUUCCAGACUGGAUAGAGACAAAAAAUAAUCAGCACCUGGAGACGACGUGUUGGUGUCUCAUGCUUGUUUGAUCACGAACAACAAAAACAGUUAAACAACAUAUUGCUUGUUUUAGUUCUAGACUACCUUCUGAAAAGUACAGUAAAUCAUUUUUUGUACUGCAAAGGUUACAAUAAAAAGAGGAUGUUGUACAUAGUGGUAGUAUAUCAACCGACUGACAGUCUCUCUCUCUCAGGUUAAUCAAACAUAAUCAAACCUCAUCUGUUUUUAUUUACCAGCCAUGUUGUCAGUUAGCUGUUAGCUGGAUUGGAUUGGCCGCAGCUCUGACCUAGAGUCAGUUUUUGUUUGUGUGUCAUGCCAUAGUAUUUAUAGAAACUGAGUUGAAGAACCUUGUCAACUAGGAAAGUGAUAACACUGCUUUUCAAGGGGAUUUGAGUUUUUAUGAUAUGUUGCAGUGCAAGAAAAAGCUCCUUAACUCCUAUGCCUUGGAAAUGUGAAAUUGCAUGAAAAUAAAUGACACAAAGUUGGAACUGACCCUAGAUCAGUGCUUAGUUGUUAUAUUCAAUCCAGACAGGUGGGCUGUGUUUUAAAAAAGAAAAAAGGCUCACUGGAAGUAAAAAUGCUUUUGUGAAAAUAUCUUAAGUUUGAAAAUGAGCCUAAAUUUAACCAGUUUAUUUUAAGUCAGUGAGUGCUUUUAUUAAAAAAAAAAAAAAAAAGGUUACAUACCCUCACAAAAUCACAGAUCCUUCUCUUGGUCUUGGAAAAGACUGAGAUAUAUAUAUAUAUAUAUAUAUAAGCUGUUGUGGAACCAUCUUCAUUUUCAUUUCUUGGCCUUUUACAUGUAAAACACUUUUUUAAACAUGAUGAUAAAAGAAAAGCUCCAUGUUUGAGAGUGAGUGUUGCAGUCCUAUCCAUAAACAAUAAUGAAAGGGAAAACUAAGUCAUUAUGCCUUGUCAGUGUUUAUUUGUAUGUUACAAAUAAAGGAAAGUUGUUUGACUUUUCAAGA